AGUCCAAACACAUAACUGAGUAAUUGAGGGUUAAAGGUUUUGUUUAAGAACCCAGCAGUGGCUCUUUGGCAGUCCUGGGAUUUGAACUCACAACCUUCUGGUCACUAGAAUAUAUCCUUAAAAUAGUUUGGCAAAAAUAAUCUAUAUUUCCACAACGUUAUCUUUUCCUCCAGUGCAGUUGAUCAGCCAAGACACGUUCAGCGUCUGAUAUUUGAUCCUUUAGUUUAGAUAAAUGCUGAAGUGUUAUUUACGGAGGUCACCAUCUUGGAAAACCAGAAAAAUUGUUUGUUCCUGUGCAGUUUGGUAUCAUUUUACACAAGACAGCAAGAGGCAGAAACGUUUCAGCUCACAAUACAGACAUUACAUUGUCUUUAAUUGUGUAGUGUAAAUUAUGAGGGUGAGGGAAGAUUUGGGCAUGUGUUUAUGGAAAAGAGUUUGGGUGAGAUUGACUUCCAUUAUAAAACAUCCUGGGUGACACCGACUGCUAUUACACAAACAGAUUUUGGGUGAGUUUGACUUUUGCUUGACAGGGAAUGCCAUAAUGAAAAGAUUUUAGCAAAGGUAAACUUUCAUUAUGGAAAAGAUUUUGGGUGAGAUCUUUACAAAAAAUAUUUGGGGUGAGACAGACUUCAAUUACGAAAAAGAUCUUAGGUGAGUUAGAUUCACAUUCGCCUGGUUGCUCAAGUGCAAAACUGAAAAACUGAAUGUUGGACACGAGACAUCUUGAAACAUGUAAGUUAAAGGGAAAAAUUGUGCCAGAUCUUUUCUUUAACCGUCGAGCUGCUCGUACUGAAACCUGGAGCAGUGUGUCAUGAGCAGUGACUGAAACUGGAGGGAAGGUGAAGUUGGUUUGAACAGAAUUGUUUACUCACUGAGUCAAAUCUCAACAAAUAACACAUUAACACUAGUCCUGACCUUAAAAAUGUAUAUUUUAAUAAAAUAUCCUGACUCACGUGUGUUUCCAGGUGUGUACACUGUAGAAAUGUGUGCACACUGUCUAGAAAUAAUACAGUUUUGAUUUCACAUGAAGUGUCAAUCAAAAGUGUUCAGACGAACACACGAGCGUGCACGUGCACGUCCACAUGAACGCUCGCACUCACUCCGAGAUUAAACCUCGAGGUCCCUCCCUGUUCAGCCUUACUUUAUCCGAGAGUCUCUCGCUGUCCACUUCAGCUGUCCACAGGAGACUAAGAGAAGAUUAAACAUGGCAACCUCCGGGUUACAGAUCGGCGGAUUCUUGUUAGGACUCAUCGGUGUGGCUGCGGUCAUCGCCGCGACCGCGAUGAACAACUGGAGCACACAGGACCGCCAGGGCGACGUCGUCACCGCCGUGUACACGUACAAGGGCCUGUGGCAGGACUGCGAGGUGUCCACGUCUGGGUUCACCGAGUGCCGGCCGUUCUACGGCCUUCUGGGAUACUCAGGUCAGUUCCAGGCCGUGAGAGCGAUGAUGGUGGUCGGCGUGAUCUUGGGUGUGAUUGCAAGCGUGAUCUCGUUGUUCUCUCUGAAAUGCUUCAAAAUGGGAAACACGGAGGAUUCGACCAAAGCCAAAAUGACGCUCACGGCAGGCAUCAUGUUCGUCAUUGCAGGUAUCUGUGGCAUCAUCGGAGCUUCCAUUUAUGCCAAUCAGAUCGUCGCCAGCUUCAUGAUGACCACCUACAACCCUAACUAUGGUGGGAUGAACCAGAUGCAGAUGGAAGGAAUGGGAGGAAUGGGAGGAAUGGGAAUGUCCAUGGCUAACAGGUUCACGUUCGGACCGGCCCUCUUCGUGGCCUGGAUCGGAGGAGGCAUGCUGCUCAUAGGAGGAGUUCUGAAGUGUGUGGCUUUCAGAGGCUUGCACGCCGAGUCGACACCCUAUAAGUCGGUGGCGUAUAAAGUACCAGCUCAGUCGAGAUCAGCGGACGAGAGCAGUGAGCGCGGGCAGAAAUACGUAUAAAACACCUCCUUUGUUCCAGGACUUGAGACUUAUGUUUCUUACUGACUCUGUGCUCUUCUACCUUCAUUUACUCAUUUAUUCAUCUGGAACAUACGCACAGAAUUUAUCAGGAAAUAAACAUAUUCAUUACAGACACGUCUUUCUCUCUACAGUCUCUCUCACUCAUCCGCCUUUUUCCUUCCUUCCUUUCUCUAUACCUUUCCCCCGUUUCUCUCCCCUUAACCUUGUCUCCCUUCUUCCCCCCCGUCUUUCUCUCUAAACUCUCUCUCUCUGUCUUUCUCUCUAAUCUCUCUCUGUCUGUCUCUUUCUCUCUGUCUUUCUCUCUAAACUCUCUCUCUCUCUCUGUCUUUUUCUCUAAUCUCUCUCUCUCUGUCUCUUUCUCUCUGUCUUUCUCUCUAA